GCGGAGUGAACGUCGUCGACGUUCUCGAUGCUCGGCAACUUCAGCCCGUGUGUACGAGGUCGAGCGCAACAAUUGACUGGCGCGAAACGAUGGCGGACGACGACGUGAACGGGGACUCGGACGAGGUGCAGCAGGAGAAGUCGCAGAAGAAGGCGGCCAAGUAUGACAGCGGCGCGGCGGAUCUGGAGAAAGUGACCGACUACGCCGAGGAGAAGGAGAUCUCGUCGUCCGACGGCUUUUCCUGCGCCCUCAGCAUAAUCGGGGACCGUCGCGACAAGGAGGCCGCGGAGAAGAAGGCGAAGGAGAAGGAGCUGCUCAAGGUGUCCAUCAAGAAGGAGGACGUCGACUUGAUCAUGAAGGAGAUUGAAAUCACCCGGCUUCUGGCCGAACAGACCCUCAGAGAACACAGAGGCGAUAUUGUAGAGGCAUUAAUUACGUUAACUAAUUGAAAUUGUACAAAAGAAAUUGCUCCGAGGAUCUGCUAUUUGCGUUCACGGAGCCCCCCCCCCCCCGCUGUAAAAUACGCUGAAUCGAGAGAGCCCCGAGGCAAGCUCGCUUAUUAAUAUUACACUGACGUGUAUUACAGUAUCCGAGUAAUCUUUAUAUUUUCGUCCUUUUUCUCACGUAUCUACUUACUCGUUAAGCAUUUAUGCGGCGCGACGCUGUAAGUAAACGUUAACAGUAAUGUAUUGUAAUAAGUAUAAAUAUAUGCAUUUAUAUGUGU